AUGGGGCGGUGUGAGGCGGGAGCCUGGGGACUCUGGGGGGUCCCACCCGGGCGCCAGCAGAGCCGUGUUCGCCUCCCGGCCCAGGCCGCCAUCGCAGCGGAUGGGGGAGCAGGAGGGGACGGUUCUGGGUGUCCCCCUGCCCUGCUCUCCCAGGCAGCAGUGGCGCCUCCCCUGGAGCUCCCCAUCCCCAUGGCCCCAAGCGCCCUGACCUCCCCCAGGGUCCUGCUCUGCUGUGCCUUGCCGGGGUCACCCCGAGUCCCCCCUCACCCUGCUGUCCCCACAGCCGCGCUGUCGCCCUUCGUGGCCACGCGGCGCAUCGGGCACCCGUACCAGAACCGGACGCCGCCCAAGCGCAAGAAGCCGCGGACAUCCUUCUCGUGUGCCUUGCCGGGGUCACCCCGAGUCCCCCCUCACCCUGCUGUCCCCACAGCCGCGCUGUCGCCCUUCGUGGCCACGCGGCGCAUCGGGCACCCGUACCAGAACCGGACGCCGCCCAAGCGCAAGAAGCCGCGGACGUCCUUCUCGCGGGUGCAGAUCUGCGAGCUGGAGAAGCGCUUCCACCGCCAGAAGUACCUGGCCUCGGCCGAGCGUGCCACCCUGGCCAAGGCCCUCAAGAUGACGGACGCCCAGGUCAAGACCUGGUUCCAGAACCGCCGCACCAAGUGGAGGCGUCAGACGGCGGAGGAGCGCGAGGCGGAGCGGCAGCAGGCCAACCGGCUGAUGCUGCACCUGCAGCAGGAGGCUUUCCAGAAGAGCCUGGCGCAGCCGCUGCCGCAGGACCCGCUCUGCAUGCACAACUCCUCGCUCUACGCCCUGCAGAACCUCCAGCCCUGGGCCGAGGACAACAAGGUGACGUCGGUCUCGGGGGUGGCCUCUGUGGUGUGAGGGUGCUG